UGAGGCUGUGAUGAUUACUCAAACUUUAAUAGUUCCAUGAAAGCGUCAUCGACUAGUUUUUACCGAUUUGAAGCGAUGUUGAGGUAUUGGAGUCGGUGUUUGGGUUCUUUAUUCAUUCUGCCUUCACAAUUUCCACCUUUGGGUCACCACAUCUCACGAGUACGAGGAGAAUACAGGUAAAAACUGUAUGAAGUCAAGAAGGGAAACUGUGCUCCGCGGCAAUCAGUCAUGGACUCUUUGUGGUCUCCUUUUGCUCUAAAGAAAAAUAUAUACUACCAGAUAAACAGUAUUGUGGACGAAUGCAAGUGACGUUUUUUUUCACUAAUUCAAUUACCACCGAUCACUACUAUUGCAUCAUUGAUUUAUGAUUUGUUUUAUAAUCACAAAAUUAAUAUCCAUUUUCUUGAUUAUAACUUUCUUGCGUUGUCUGAUGAGGGGCCAUUAUGCACUGUGGACUCCUUUCUUUUUACUCUAAUGGCGGGUUGACAGUAUCCUGAUAACUUUUUUCUCUCUACAAGUCAGACCAUUUGAGACUUGAGGACUCAGAUUCUUUCACGUUCUGAUAGCGAUAGUCACCUAACCACAAUUGUUAAACACAGCUGAAGUUCAUCUCCUUGUCAGUUGUGGGUUUUGAACAGUUCCGGCUCAGUAAAGAUGAAUUCUACGAGUGAAAUUCCCAUGGAAAAUGAUACAAUGGGCAGUCCCGACGUCAAGGUCGGGAUCAGUCUCGUCAACGCAUGCGAACUGAUCUUCGGAUCUUUGGGCAUUCUUGGCAACCUCAUCUGUGUGGUGGUUUUCAAGCGUCGCUCCAAGCACAACCAGACCAACUUCUUGAUAAUCAUGCAGGCUGCCGUUGACAGCAUCGCUUCUGCUUUGUUGAUUUUCCUAACGAUUACGAGUAUCGUCAACCCGAAACCGCCUUCGAACCUCAUCACGGGCAGCAUCUAUUGCAAAUUUUGGACGUCGUAUGUCCUGUUAUGGUCGUCCUUUGCCAUUUCUACAUUCAACUUGACCAUAAUCUCGAUUGAAAGAUACAUUGCAGUGGUACAUCCAAUGUGGUACGCGAAGAUCUUUAAACGAUCCUCGGUGUUAUUCAUUGCCAUUUUCGCGUGGUUCACUGCACCAGGUAUCAACAUCGCUUACAACGUCAUUGUCAACCAUUUUCGAGACGGGGCCUGUACAGAGAAUUUCGACAAAGCACAGAAGGCCAUCUCAAUUGUACUUUUCUUUUGGGAAUACUUUUUCCCAAUGUGCAUCAUGACAUUUUCUUUCGUGUGUAUCGCCCGCACGAUGUUAAAGAUGAACAAAGUCUCAGCCAUGAUGUCAGCCAACGCCACCAGCAACUCGAUGGCAUCUCAGACAGCCAUUCUGCCCUCCCACAAGUCCGAAGCCUCGUCAAGUAGUUGUGUCACACAGAAGAAAGAAAACCAGCAACGACGUGCCUUGUGUCCCGCCAGGAUGAACCAGUCGGUCACUGAAAGCGUUCCCGAAAAUCCCACAGAGAGUCAGAUAUCUGUUAUUUCUAACAAAGUGGUGAGACCCGGACCUGCUGGGUGUUCAUCGUUGGGGGUAUCCUGUAAUCAAGGUACCAAUCUUGAUAGAUUCGCGGAACUCCAGACUUCCAAACGAGCUACUGCCAAAGUCCCGAGAUCCACCCGUCCUGCAGGAGCAUCCGUCCGACGGCUCAAGACCACCAAGGUUCUUUUCCUAGUCUCUUUGGGAUUCUUUGUCUGCUGGUCACCCAAUCAAAUCUACUUUCUUCUACUGAAUCUUGGGGUGAUCGAUUUCUCGCUGGUCCCCUACCGCAUCACGAUCGUCAUGUCAACGUGUAACACAUGCAUAAACCCAUUCAUCUAUGCACUUAGGAUGAAGACAUUCCGUAAUGAAUUCUUAUCAAUAUUUAAAUGUAGAAAUUAAAAAUAGGUAUGGUCGAUUAUAAAGGGUAUCAAAUAUCGCUAAAUAGCUGAGUGACCACGGAGACUGUAAUUUCCAAGUUAUAAUUUUCUACAAAAGAAACAUUAUUUUUAUUCAUAUUCAUAAAAUAUAAAACUGCAUUCCACUUGGUAAUCAACGCAACACAGAUUAUUUUACUUUUAUAAAAAAAAGGGAAUCUAGACAUGCUAGAUCUACAUGUAUAUUUAUAGUUGAGAUGAGGUCAAACAUUACUUUUGUUGAGAAAAGGCUUGUCUAUGUAUAUAACAGUCAGCAAAAAAGACCUUCAAGAGAUGAAUUGAAGUAUGACUUUAAUAAUUGUUCCUUUUAAAUAAAAUAUGUGUAAAAGAAACACUCAGAUUGUCGGCAAAUAGGUUGCGUAAUUUUUGUUCAGAUAUGAUAUCUAAUGAUAAUAAUAGUAAUAAUAAUAACGACAUUUAUAUAGCGCUUAAUACAAAUGUCUCUAAGCCCUGCAUACUAUUGUCCCGGCUUUAGCACGGCUAUUCUGAUCAGACGCUCGGGCAUUCAAGUAAUUCCUUUCUACCGGGUACCCAUUUACUACAUCUGGGUGGAGAGUGGCAAAUUUAGAUAAACGCCUUGCCAAAGGACGCCAGUACUGUGGUGGGAUUUGAACCCCGGACCUUGUGGUUCAAAGUUCGGAGGCAGUGGCUGGUCCAGUCAGGCUAGAUCUGUAACGCAAUGACAAAAAAAUGAGGGGCCAGACAUGGCCGAUGGGGCAAAAUUUCUUAAAACCUGCGAGCUUCUACGAAAAUCGUCCUGCCCACCAGGAAAAAUAUCUACGUACGUCCAUGCAAUAGCCAAUUUUAUCCCGAUAUUAUUUUAAUCAUGAAUUUCGUGAUUUUAAUUUUCCUUAUAACCAUCCAUUCUAGUUUUUGCAUUUGCCUCAAUAUUUAACGAUGAAAUAUUGAUUUAAAUCCAUCUUUUUUUCAUAAAUUGUAUAGAUAUUCAUUGUUACUCUCACUGCAUGAAACUACGUUAUCGUGUUUUUAUGAGAAAAACAGUUAAAUCUUUCUGGGAUUCCUAUAAACCUAUUGUCUUGCUGAGGAUUUUCACCAGAGAUCCCUUUGAAAGUUCUAAAAUGGUAUUUUUUUCAUUAAAAAGGUUGCGAGAUGCUACAUUGAAUGCUAAUAUUAAAUGAAUACCAUUAAAAUGUUUCUUAUCCGGUACCAGCUCUCAUAGCUGAAUGCAUAUAGGUUCACACAAUAGCUACUGCUUAACACGCGAUACAUGAACAUAAAAUUGUGUGGAUAAUGUAGGACGACUCGUUUUUUUAAGCGACAUGUUUAAGCGACUAUUAACAUGAUUGGGGCGUUUUCAUGCACUAGCUGCUAUGUAUUCGGUCGAUUAGGUACAUUAGGCCCGGUCACACCCAGACGAAACCGACUCAAACCCAAGCGAUGAUUUGCCUUUCGGUAUGACGAAAUAACUUUGAUCGGUCUGGAGUCGGCUUCGUUUGUGAAACUGAGGCCACUAGAGUGAUGUGCAGAUGCAAUAUUGGAUUCGAUUUCAUGCCGCAGCAAUAGAACAUUGCUUAAAAAUGCGCUAAACAACCCGUAGUUUGCUUUCAAAUGCGAAGAUAGCAUAUCGCAAAAAAAGGUCUAUAAUUAGUCAUAUGCCUGUUAUGCUGAGUUGGCGUAUAUAAUAUACUAUAGACACUGAUAUUAUGUCUGCAUUUAAGCUGUCUUAAAUCAAGCACACGAUACAAUUUGGAGAUGCAGCCUUGACUGUGAAAUCACGGAUGCUGCUAUAUCUUCGUCUCAUUUGUUCUAAAAUUGGUUCUUAUUAUAAAUCUGUUUCCUGCCAAUUAAACGAAUGGAUGAUAUUUAUUAUGAAAGAGAUUCAUUUUGUAGCGACUCAUUGACUCGUUCGUUAAUCCUAUAGUUUCGAAGCUGUUCAUCUUAAUAUCAGUUUCUUGAUUGUUGUUAUGGGUCACAAAAUGCUUCCCAUCUAUUUUGAAAUCCUACACAAAGUUAUUCACUGCAAUGAAGAUGGACCUUGUUUAUAUAUAAAUAUAUGUAUAUAUAUAUAUAUAUACAUGUAUUAUAUAUAUAUAAGUGUUGCGUUGAAAAUAAUUUGUUUGUUUUUCAAUAUCUAUGGAUAUUUAUGAAGUGAUUCUUCCAAUGAAAUUAAUGAUUCUUUUUAUUGUCUGAGAGGA